AUGGAAAGUAUUUUAGAACAGCAACGAAAAGCUCAUGAAGAAAUCGAACGGUUAGAACAAGCUAUCGUCGAUCAGUUUAUGACCGAUCCGAAAUCUCACAAGGAGAGAUUAGCGCGUGAACAUCGAGUUAGCGAUUUCCUUGAUAGGAUCAGUUCGAGAAGCAAAUUUUUAUAUGAACUCUACCUUGAUUCAGACGGGGCACGUAAAGGUGAAAUCGAUGCUUUGUCUGGAACUUCAGAAUUUAGCGAAUUUUAUGGUCGUCUAAAAGCAAUAAAAGAUUAUCAUCGUCGAUAUCCUAAUGAAACUGUUGAACCUUUGGAAUUAGAAUUUAUCAAUCAAACAAAAUCAAAUGGUGAAGAAGAUGAACUUGAUAAACUUUUUUCGGGAGAGGAAGGGAGUGGUCGAUUUUUAGAUUUACACGCUCUUCAUGAGCAAUAUGUGAAUUUAAAAAAUGUGAAAAAGCUAGAUUAUUUAACUUAUUUGAGUGAAUUUGAUAAUUUUGCUGAGUAUCCCAAAGAAAAUAAACACGGAGAAUAUAUUAAAUAUUUGGAAGAUUUACGUAGUUAUUUAGAAAGCUUUUUCGGAAGGGUAAAACCACUUUCUAAUUUGGAAGAUAUUAAAGAGACAACUAGAAAAAGUUUUCUUCAACAAUGGGAAAGUGGAAAAUUUCCUGGAUGGGAAAAACAAAUAGGUUCAGACGAAGACAAGGCCUUGUUUUGUGCUGCUUGUCGUAAGAAUUAUAAGAAACAAACAGUAUUUGAUGCACAUUUAACAAGUAAAAAGCACAUAAAAGCUGCAAGUGCAAUGUUAGAACAAGGAAUUACAUCCGUAGAUCGUGAAACACAGGAAAAAUUAAUUAAAGAAGCGGAGAAAGAAAGAGAUAGUCGAGAAAGAGAAAUUGCAUUUAUAGAAGCAUUGAUACGCAAAUAUGCGGAAAUAUUGGGCUCACAGCGAGAAGACACUAAAGCAAAUGUAGAGAGGAAGCGAGCCUUAACUGACAGAGAGCGUAGAAUGGAGUUAGAAGCGGAAGAAGUAGAUGAUAUAGAAUCCGAAUCUGAAGAUGAGGAUAAAAUUUAUAAUCCGUUGAAAUUGCCUCUUGGAUGGGAUGGUAAACCAAUUCCGUACUGGCUUUAUAAGUUACACGGACUUGGAGUCGAAUACCCAUGCGAAAUAUGUGGCAACUAUGUUUACAUGGGCAGAAAAGCUUUUGAUAGACAUUUUCAGGAAUGGAGACACGCUCACGGUAUGAGAUGUUUGGGUAUACCAAAUACGCGACAUUUUCACGAAAUCACAUUGAUAGAAGAUGCAUAUGCUUUAUGGGAGAAAUUAAAAAGUUCGGGUAAAACUGAUGAAUUCAAACCGGAUACGAUGGAAGAAUUUGAAGAUCAGGAUGGAAAUGUCUUUAAUAAGAAGACUUAUGACGAUUUGAAGAGACAAGGAUUAUUGUAA